CUGUUUCAUAUUACACAGAAGAGCUGAAAGGAGAGGAGGAGAGAUCCUAAGGCUUCCUCGCUUUCUUCUGAGACAUUUACCAGGCGUUUAUGGAGCCUGCUGGUCUGGAAAAUGAAGAUCUCCUCACUGGUCACAGUUCUCCUGACUAGAACCUUCUUUACAGAUGUCUGCUCUGCCAUCAACGUCACGGUAAGCCCCGCCCCCUUCACGGUGGCCGAGGAGGGUGACAACGUCACGCUGUCCUGCGUGGUCUCCCAGCGGCGCCGAGCCAGCUCCCUGCCCGUGGUCCGCUGGACCUUCCUCCCCGCCGGCGCCGACCGCGAGGACCAGGAGCUGCUGAUCGCCCGCGUCAACAUGCGCAAGGCCCGUUUCUAUGGCAACUACACCAAGAGCUUCCCGUGGCCCAAGCUGCGUCUGACCGUGGUCAAGCAGGGCAAGAUCUUCGAGCUGGUGAUCCUCAACGUGUCCGAGCAAGACCGCGGGCUCUACAUGUGCCGGGUCCAGGAGUUCAAGAGGCACGACACCCGCUGGAAGGCCUCCACCAACUCCACGGCCGCCACGGAGCUCAGAGUGCAUGUCCUCCCAAUCACAAAGGCCAAGGAGAGUCUGUGGAGUUUGUUUCAAGAUGUCUACCUGUGUGCUGUCCUGAUCUGCUCAGUGGGGCUGGUGUGUAUGUGUAUGUUCACUGUGACAGUGACCUGCCAGUACAUACAGAGGAAGCAGAGGUUAAAAGACCGUUACCAUCUGGUCAAGAGUCCUCAGAACAGUUCGGGGGAGACCGUCACCAGUGUGACUUCUGUGUCGCCUGCUCUGCCUAAGAAAGAGAGGAGAUACAGGAAGAGGAGGCUCAGGGAACAGCAGGAGAUACCUCCAGAGAUACCAGCAAAAGUGCCCAUUGCAGACAAACUAAGGAAACCCAAACUCUUAAAGGCCCAGCCCAGAAAAGUGGUCCUGCCAAAGAUAGCGGAGGAGAGCUUGACCUAUGCAGAGUUGGAGUUGGUCAAGCCUCUGCCAGACAACAAAACAGCCUGCUCAGGAACUGUCUAUGCUCAAAUCCUCUUUGAGGAGAGGCAGGUGUGAACACACAAACACACACCUACACACACCACUAUCACCGUGCUUAUAUGUAUGUUGUAUAGAUAUAUGUACAAAAGUGUCUAUUUAUAUCCAGUCCAUUAUAAUUUUAUUUUGUGUCAAUGAUUCUGUGACGGACAUUUCACAAAGCCCAAAAUGAAAUGAGAUCAUUUGUCAAAUGUUUUGUUGAUGCAAACGUGUCAGAUCGUACUUAUGAUCUUACUGCACAAGAUAGAUAAUAUGUUCUUGUUACCUUUUUUGAAAAACAAGUCUGCCCCUCAGUAGUCUUGUAUGUAUAGUCUGUCAUGUUCUGCAGCUACAGUACAGAAUACUGUCUCACUUCUGCAUCUAUGAAGGGUGACAUUAAGGCAACAAUUAUCCUCAUUGCCACCCUGGGUAAAUAAGGUCCUGUCAUCUUGUUAAAGCUUUGAUCUGGGGCCAACAGCAACAAGCAUCGGUCCACACAGCUGCCUCGCAGAGCCAGUGGCUGAGACUGAACGAUGUUACAAAAUGAAGGAAUGUUACAAAGCUAAGUAGCAACCUGGUUUCGUCCGAACGUUUGACAAACACAACGCCUUUGCUGACCUUGUUAUGUGUGAGAACAUGACUUCCUAGUCAUGGGUGAUAUGGCUUGAGGUUUGGACUAGAGUAUCUUAACAACCAAACAUCUGAGAUGAGGUACGGCCUCCUGACUUUAAAAUGUGUGUAAAAUUGCUCUGUUUAACGACCGUGGAUUUGACACAUGGAAAAGUGUGGGGAAUCAAAACCAUUUUUUUCUCUCACAGCUAGCUCAAACUCCAGACACACCGGCACCGUGCUUUACCCUUCCCCCACCCUAUCUCACUAUCAUAUGUGAAGAUCUGGGUUUUGAUCAUUCCAAAAGAAUUGUACUGAGAUGCAUUGAAAGUUCUUAAUAAGGGGGAAAAGGACUUUUCCUUCACGCAUGACUGCAGGCAUGCCUGCUUCUGUAACAACUGAAGCGACAUCAGGGAUGAAAGAAAUAUCCCAAACUUUCUUAAACUGUGAAAAGUCAAGUCUCCUCCCGACCACAGGGCGACUUAAUGGGAGGCUGCUGCACGGGCCACUAACAAGAAACAUCUGUGUGAACUCUGGCACUCCUCUCUCUCUCUCUCUCUCUCUCUUUCUCUUUCCAUUC